CCGCGUCCCUCUUGCUUCGGCCAAACGUUUUGUGUAAUUUCCCCCGCAAGAGCUUAAAGGCAGACAAAAAACCGGCCUCCAAAAUGUCGUUCAAGGGCUCCAAGGUGCAGAAGGUGAUGGUCCAGCCCAUCAACCUGAUCUUCCGCUACCUGCAGAACCGGUCCCGCGUGCAGGUUUGGCUGUACGAGAACACCCACCUCCGGAUAGAGGGACACAUCGUCGGAUUCGACGAGUACAUGAACCUGGUGCUGGACGAAGCCGAGGAGUACAACAUCAAGAAGCAGAACCGACGCACCCUCGGCCGGAUCAUGCUUAAGGGGGACAACAUCACGCUCAUCCAGAACGUUCAGUCGAAUUGAGGCGGGGACGGAGCUGACCAUCAACUUGAACUAACUUAAAUAUUUUACUAUCUCUCGUGUGAACUUGUGUGAGGGGAGAGAGAACCAUCUUCUGAGGAUUAAUUUCAUUUAAAUGCCGAUUCAGUUAUCUUGUAAGACUAGUGAACGAAGUUUCGUCCGGGAAGAAUUUGAAGGCGAAUCGUUUACGAAUUAAAACAAUCUUUUUGCUAUAACGUAAAAAAUACUGCUGUAAAGUAAGAAUAAAUGGAAGGAAAAUGAAUUCAAAA